CAAUAAGUAACCAGUUUGAAAGUUGUAGUAUUCAAGUAUUUUUAAGAAAACCUUCAGAAAAAUGGGUUUAUGUAGAAGAAGGAUUGCAGGGUGAUACAAUAAUGUUAUUCAAAUUGAAAUUUACUUAUAUUAAAUUCAUUUUAGAAACAACAGAAGUUAAUAUUCAAAAACCUGGACCAAAUGCAUUUAAUUUACUAAUGAAAAAUUCAUAA